AUGGCAUGGGCUAAGGGCUUCUGGAGAAAUGAGGAAACAAGUAUAGAGUCAGUGAAGAAGUUCUUAGAGAAUGAAUGUGAAAUGGCAAUGACAAUGGAUGGGUUGCCAGACAAGUUCUUUGAGUCCUUUAUCAUGAAAGGCAUUAAAGUUGAUCUCCUUGAACCAAGUCGUAUUGUUUGCUCCUUCAAAGUACCCCCUCGUUUGUUGAAAGGAGGCAAUUUCAUGCACGGUGCAGCCUAUGCUUACCCUGGUGAGGAAGUUGAGAUUGAGGCCAAGGCUUUACGAGUUUGGAAGGCAAUUGGUGUUGCCAGUGUUGAGUUAAGGAAGAAGAAGACAUGUAAAAUUAUGGCUCAGGGCCGUCAUACCAAGUACCUUGCUCUCACUACCAAAAUCUAAAUAGCUUGGAAGUUGGAACCGAGACAAUUCAGUCUGUGUUCCUGUGUAAAGAUUUUUCAACAGUGAAUAAAUUUAAUUGAAUUAUAUAAAUUCAUAGUUUGAGAUACAAA